AUGGAUUUAACAUUACUAUCUAGUGACAGUGACAGUGAUUUGGAAAUGCUAGCUCGGUUAUCUGACUCGAGUGAUGAAGAUGAAAUCCUACGCCGCCCUCCAAACAGAAUCAGAAGAGUGAAUUAUACGCCAAGUCUCGAUGACGCUGAAUGCGAUGCAGGGCAAUUCGGAAAUCGCAGGUUACUUGGAGAUAGUGCCUAUCCAAACAGGCCAUAUUUAUUAACACCUGUUCUGAAUCCAGUUUAUGAAGUUGAACAUAGGUACAAUGAAGUACACAUUAAAACUAGAAAUACCAUUAAAGGAGCAUUUGGAGUAUGGAAACGUAGGUUCCCUGUUGUAGCUCUUACACUACGUUUAUCAAUACCAAAUAUGCAGGCAGUAAUAACAGCAACUACAGUCCUACAUAAUAUUUGCAGAAAUCAAAAUCUCACAGAAAUCCCCUCUGAAAUAGAACUACCAUCUAUCGACAAUAGUACAAUGCCUCAUAAUGGAGUUGUUUAUGAUAUUCCUACAAACCAUAGAAGUGAUUUAAUAAAUAAUUAUUUUAUGACAUUAUAA